AUGAGUCACUGUGAGGGGCUGUCCUGCCCGAGCUACCGUGUGAUCUCUAUCAAGCCCGACUACGAGGAACGAGAGUACCAGCCCAGUGUUUGGGCAUCAACCCGCGUGGACUGCAAUUCGGUGGGGAAGAGCGUGUUUUACUCGAGGCUGACCAAGGCGAAGAUGCAGGGGUUCAGGGCCUUGCUGAGGUACAUAUCCGGCAACAACCAGGCUCACAUUCACAUCGCUAUGACGCGCCCGGUGAUAUUCCGGGUGAAUCGGCGGCGGGGGAGGUUGUUGCCUCGUUUUCCUGAGCAACGACACGGAUGCGCGGUUCCCGAGCCCCCUGAGCAGGGAUGUGAUCGUGGAGGGGGUGCCUGCGAUGAGAGUGUUUGUGAGGAAGUUUUCCAGCUUCGUCCCGAGAAGGGAGGGGAGGGCGUUGAGUCCGACGAGUUCUUCGAUGUUCAGUACAACUCGCCAUUCACCUUCUUCAAAGACAAACACGAGGGGCUUGCAAAGGGCUUGAAAGGGGCUUGCAAAGGGGCUUGCAAAGGGCUUGAAAAGGGGCUUGCAAAGGGGCUUGCAAAGGGGCUUGCAAAGGGGCUUGAAAAGGGGCUUGCAAAGGGGCUUGAAAAGGCGCGACAGGAAAAGAGCUCACAGAGCUCAAAGGCGCCAGAGCUCACAGGCGAAAGAGCUCAAACGCGCGAGAGGAAAGUCUCCAGACGGGAUUGGCGAAGAGGGGAGGGCAGCUUGAAGGGCUAA